AACUUUGAGCAGGAGGAGAAGCAACUUUGACAGUGGCCGCGGGUUUGGAAACCCGCUUCUCCUCGGCAGCGGUACCUUCUCAAGUCUCUGUGGUUAGGUGGGGCAAGAGUUUCCGCGGCGCAUCUGCGCGGCGUCGGCUGUUGGCUACCUGUUUCCAGCGAGCCCGGGAGCGGGAUUGUGGCUGCCAGUCAUCUGAAGAAGGGCAACUUGUUUUUCUCUCCCUUUAGCGACCUCGGCUUGCAACUGGAUAAAGCGGUAUUGAAAGGGUGUAAAAAGGCAGAGCAACUGUUACCAACUGGAUAAAGCGCUAUGGGAAGGAUGUAAAUAGGCAGAGCAACUGUUACCAAGAAGGCAACCACCCAAAGGCAGGGAGGAACGUGGGGGCUUGGUCCGGGCUUCUCCCAGUCGCAACAUUAAUCAACAGUCAGGUGUUGUUGCAACUUUUCAAGGUCAGCCACCGGGAGCAGCUAUUCCCUCUCUGAACCUUGGGGAUACGCAGCGCUCGGGUUGGAUUUGGCCGAGAAAUGCACGGAAAGCCAAAAGAGGAAGGCUUGUAGAGGGGGAGGGUUUGUGACCCAAGACCCAUCCCCCAGCCUCCCCGUAAGCUCCCGUCCCUCGCUGCCGGGGCGGGGGUGAGUUGUGACAUGUGUCUAACUCUCAGCAGCAACUUAGGCAGCAGGUGUCGGUCCUAACCAGGAACCGCGGCUGCCGGGUGCGCCCUCACGGAGCCAUGCGGGCCCCGGGCGCGCCUCUCGUCCGCACCUUGCGGCUGCUGCUUCUGCUACUGCUCAAGGUUUCUGCCUCGCCUGCCCUCCCGUCGGCUCCAUCGCCCAGGAACGAAACUUGCCCGGGGGGAAACUGUUCACCUGCACUGAGCCAGCGUCGCAGCAGGGACGCGUGGGGACUGGGAAAUUCUGCAGAAGACCUUCUGCUAACCCGUGCGCCCAGGGAGGAGGAGCAGGCGGCAGCGGUGCGGGCGGCGCCCUUGUGGAACCUAAGGGCCUCUCGGAGCGGUGACCCAGGUGCGGGAAGAGGGGCUGAGGCGUGGGCCGCGGAGCCCUCGGGACCUCCAGCCAGGUCGUCUGGAGCCUGGAGGUGGAGAGGUGCCUGGGGUCAGGAGCUUCCUGGAACUUUGGGGAGAGGGAACCCUCCGGCUCUCCAACUCUUCCUUCAGACCUCAGAGGGGAAAGAGAAGGGUCCCAGAGGCGCUGGAAUUUCUGGGCACAGUCAAGAGCAGAGUAUGAGGACAGAACCCGGAGCCAGCGACCUUUAUUACUGGCCAAGGAGAGGCGGGAAACUCCAGGGUUCCCACCACGACACCCCACCCAAGAUGGUCAAUGGACCGUCGGGGCACGAAGGGCGGACGAUCGCACCCCCUGGCAGGGCUCUGGCCCAGAAUGGGUCCUCAGGGGAAGGGGUCCACGAACGCGGGGGUUCCCGCCGGGGGAAUAGCACCAACCGGCGCUUGCGACUAAAGAACCCCUUCUACCCGCUGACCCAGGAGUCAUACGGAGCCUAUGCAGUCAUGUGUUUGUCUGUGGUGAUCUUCGGGACUGGCAUCAUUGGCAACCUGGCGGUGAUGUGCAUCGUGUGUCACAACUACUACAUGCGGAGCAUCUCCAAUUCCCUACUGGCCAACCUGGCCUUCUGGGACUUUCUCAUCAUCUUCUUCUGUCUUCCGCUCGUCAUCUUUCACGAGCUGACCAAGAAGUGGCUGCUGGAGGACUUCUCUUGCAAGAUUGUGCCCUAUAUCGAGGUUGCUUCCCUUGGAGUCACUACCUUCACCUUAUGUGCUCUGUGUAUAGACCGGUUCCGGGCAGCCACCAACGUGCAGAUGUACUAUGAAAUGAUUGAGAACUGUUCUUCGACAACAGCCAAGCUUGCUGUUAUAUGGGUUGGUGCCCUACUGUUAGCACUUCCAGAAGUUGUUCUCCGCCAGCUGAGCAAGGAGGAUUUGGGGUUUAGUGGCCGAGCUCCUGCGGAACGCUGCGUUAUCAAGGUCUCCGCAGAUUUACCAGACACCAUCUACGUUCUAGCCCUUACCUAUGAUAGUGCAAGACUCUGGUGGUACUUUGGCUGUUACUUCUGUUUGCCCACACUUUUCACCAUCACCUGCUCUUUGGUGACUGCAAGGAAGAUCCGCAAAGCAGAGAAAGCCUGUACCCGAGGGAAUAAACGACAGAUUCAGCUGGAAAGCCAGAUGAACUGUACAGUAGUGGCUCUGACCAUUUUAUAUGGAUUUUGCAUUAUUCCCGAAAAUAUCUGCAACAUUGUUACUGCCUACAUGGCCACAGGGGUUUCUCAGCAGACAAUGGACUUGCUUUAUAUCAUCAGCCAGUUCCUUUUGUUCUUUAAGUCCUGUGUCACCCCUGUCCUCCUUUUCUGUCUUUGCAAACCCUUCAGUCGGGCCUUUAUGGAAUGCUGUUGCUGUUGCUGUGACGAGUGCAUUCAGAAGUCUUCAACAGUAACCAGCGAUGACAAUGACAACGAAUAUACCACAGAACUUGAACUCUCACCUUUUAGUACCAUACGCAGGGAAAUGUCCACUUUUGCUUCUGUUGGAACUCAUUGCUGAAGGACAACGUUUUGUUCGGUUAGAUUUAUUUGAUUUUCAUAUCCUGUGAAAGUUUUUACUUUGUAUUUUUCCCUCCUGG